GGCCUUAUGAUGACAAAUAAGGCUUCACCUUCUACUUAUAAAAAAUAUCUUCAGGAGAGCUGGGAACCUAUGCUAGGUCAUGUUAAGACUAUCUCUGAUAGUAUACAGAUCGCAAAUGGUAUCCUAUCUACACUUAAUAUUCUGCCGGAGCGGAUGCUAGCUGCACUAGAUCCAACCCUUCUCGCUACAGACCUUGCUGACUUCCUAGUCCUAGUUAGAAAAGGUGUGCCUCUUCGCGAGACACAUCAUAUCUCAAGACGAGUAGUCGCGAAGAGUAAGGAGCUGGGCAUUUCAAUGGAUAAACUCUCACUUGAAAAACCAAAGGUUAUUGAUGAUCUGUUUACAGAUGAUAUCAUAGAUACGUUCAAUUAUGAGACAAGUGUUGAAUUGAGAUCAGCGAAAGGUGGUACUAGUCGAUCAAGUGUUCUAGAGCAGACUGAGGUCAUUAAGGCUAUGUUAAGUUAG